AUGCUUAAUCCGUCGGCGAAUUUCUGUAAAGAUGUAUGUGCUGAACUCAUUCAUCAAAGUGAAAUGGACCAUGGAUGGAGAAGAGAAGCGACAGGAUUCAUUGUAUACUGGUGGCUCGAUCAGAAAGACGGCUAUCUGAAGAGGGAUCUUGAAUAUGACGUUAUGAAUAAUUUGCGCCUGCGCACGUACGUGGGUAAGACCAGUGAACGCUAA